UACGGCAGUUGGAGCUGCUUUGGAAGCUGUGUGAGUCGGCGAGGAUAACUGGUGAUUCCCCGCAAUGUUUGAGAAGCGGCGAGGAUAACUGGUGAUUUCCCGCAAUGUUUGAGAAGCGGCGAGGAUAACUGGUGAUUCCCCGCAAUGUUUGAGAAGCGGCUGCUGGUGACGGGCGGUGCCGGCUUCAUUGCCUCGCAUGUGAUUAUUUGCUUGCUGGAGAGAUAUCCAGAUCAUUUGAUCAUAAAUCUGGACAAGCUUGAUUACUGUGCAAGCUUAAAGAACUUGAAAUCAGUUUCUAACAGAAAAAACUACAAAUUUAUAAAGGGUGAUAUUUGUGAUGAACAUUUUAUGAAGCUAUUGUUUGAAAUUGAAAGAAUUCACAUAGUUCUACAUUUCGCAGCUCAAACUCAUGUUGAUAAGUCAUUUUGGUGCUCUUCAGAAUUCAAGCACGUGAAUAUUUAUGGCACAGAAAUACUAGUGAAAGCUGCUUAUCAGGCUAAUGUUGAAAAAUUUAUUCAUGUUAGUACUGAUGAAGUCUAUGGAGGAAGUAUUAAAGAGGAAUUCAGUGAAACAUCUCCUAGAUGUCCUACAAAUCCUUAUGCAGCGUCAAAAGCAGCUUCUGAAUGUAUAGUCAUGUCGUAUUGGGAAAACUUCAGGUUUCCUGUUAUUGUGACCAGAAGCAGUAAUGUUUAUGGACCCCAUCAGUAUCCAGAAAAAGUUAUUCCAAAAUUUAUAGCCUUAUUGCAACGUAAUCAAAAAUGCUGUAUUCAUGGAACAGGAAAACAAACACGUCAUUUUCUGUAUGCUACAGAUGUUGCUGAGGCUUUCCUCACAAUUCUUGAGAAGGGUGAACCUGGCGAGGUGUACAACGUAGGCACAAACUUUGAGUUGUCAGUUUUUCAGCUUGCCAAGGAGUUAGUGCACUUGAUUAAAGAAACUGUUUCAGAAUCAGAACUAGAACUUUGGAUUGAUCAUGUCAGUGACAGGCCUUCCAAUGACUUGGGAUAUCCAAUGAAUUCAAAAAAGCUGCAUAGACUUGGCUGGAAACCCAAAGUGCCCUGGGAAGAGGGAAUUAGAAAAACAAUCAAAUGGUAUGAAACAAACUUCCACAACUGGUCAAAUGCAGAAAACGCGUUGGCACCUUUUCCAUCGUCAGUACUUCAAAAUGGAUGCCAGCAAUUAUGAUGUUUUACUUAGAUGACAGCAAUUCUACCUCAUUAGCAACUUCAGAUGGAUAUUUUAUUUUGACAUAGAACAGAAAGGAAAUGACUCUCACCAAGACGUCUAAUUUGUAAGCAAUUAAUUAACCUUUUUCAGAUAUAAAAGGAUUUAUUUCAUGUGCGGUAAUGUUUGAGUAUCUAACUCACAAACAUUAAAAAUGUGAUUUGUUAUUUGAUUACAGAUAAAAUAAUCAUGUAAUCUGGUUAAAUAAUGUAUUUUAGGAAUGGAAACAAAUUGCUCUUAUUGUAUAAUAACUCAUGUGCAUUGCCUCGCCCUUAUUUCAUGCUUGAGUAUCAAUGCCAUUGGGACUAGUGUGGACAGUAAACGUGGCAAUGCCAGGAUUGUCUACAUUUCUAUUUUUCUUACAAUGUAGGAGACCAUACGAUUUAUUGAAUCUAUCCCAGGUCUCAGCUCCUUCCCCCACUUAUUUUCUAAAAAAUUGUUCUCUUUCUGUCCUGUCCAUCAACUUCCCCAACCACUAACAUUUAUUUUUUGUGAUCAAAAUACAGAGUGGCUUAUUUA